AGCUUGUUGUAAUGGCCAGCAUAGAGCACAUCAUUCGUCUAAGCGGAAGCGGCUCGUGCCUGUUGAUGGUGGUGCAUUCGUUGUCGUACAUAUUUUGUCCGCAGUAUUCGUUCUGGAGGUUGCUGCGUAAUUUGGCAGAUCUUGCAUUGUUCGGCGGCCUGGGUGUUGCCGGUAUGAUUGCAGAACUGUGGCCCCGAGACUCGAAAGCGCAUAAAGUCAUACGAGCUGUUCUGCCUUUCAUGACGUCGUUCAUUGGUCGUGCAGUCUUCUAUAUUGUUAUCGGGAUGCUAUGUAGCGGUAAUUACACGUACAAGUCGGUUCGGUCGGUGGGUGAAGGGGAGGAGGGAGAGGCUAGGAUGUUGAUGGUGUUGUUGGGAGAAAACGAUGGAGUGAAGGUCAACUCCGGAUUCUGGUCGUUCUUUUGCGUCCUCUCUGGUUUGUUCAUGAUCUCGACUGGUGCUCUGACUCUGUAUUACGCGAUUAAGUACAAGGGCUUGUCGUUCUUCACUACUUCUCCGCGGCAGAGGGAACUGUCGACUCCGAUGAUGAGCUCGACGGAGAGGGGAGGGACUAGGACUGAUGCAUCGGUGUUGGAAGAGGAAGCUCUACCGAUCCCCUUCGCUCCAUUUCCUCCAGAAGGGCGAACACCGACGGUUGAGGGAACAGUGCAAUGAGGAGCUUGGCUCUUCUUCUUCUGAAUACUUAUCAAUAAUUUCUGAGAUUGUUGUUGUUCUUUUCAUUCAUCCGGCUGUGCACGAUGGUCAUGCAUUAUUAUUACUAUUAUUUUGUAUGCAUCCAAUGUAGAUGAUGCUGCCAAUGAACCUGUAGUAGCGGUCGUUGCACUGAUAAAAUUGUUAUUGGAGAAAUCAGUGUCGAGUCUCUCGUCUCGAAAGCUAAGUUGUCAUUGCUCGAUGGAUAUCAUAUUUAUUAUACUAGUAGUACUACUGCUUCGUUGUCACGUAGUGGGAUACCGUCAAUUCUGUGGGAGGAGAUUUGCGAGCCUCUUUGCAAACUGUGAAGAGUGUUCGCAGAUCCUGAAUGCGUGUCAUCGACUUUGGAC